GCUGACCUACCAAAUACCCGAUCAUCCUGCGCGGCGAAAGUCCGUGACAGCAAAUAAAACGAGAGUCGCCCACAAUUAAUCCUUUGGUCCUUGUUUCUCCUCCUCUUGUUUUGGUAGCUCUCUUUGCUGGACAUACUCUACACCUGAAGGAGGCUAUCUUCUUGCUCCUGAGGUUGUGGCCAUCGUUAAAGUCAUACUCUGUUUCUACUCUUGAAUAAUCUACCGCCGAGGAAGACCACUGUGUGAACGGCAAACAUGGCCGGGGGUGCUACUAACGGUGUCAAUGGAGUGACAAAUGGCACCCAUGCAACUACAAAUGGAACGAAGUCGAGCACCAGCUCACCCCCAAGCCAGAGCACAGCUCCUCGAGCUAAGAGAGGAGAUGUUGAGGGCACUUUCGCAAAAUACGCCCAACUGAUUCAUGCCUCUAGACGCCCUUUGCCUAACCAGUCAGGAGAUGGCUCAUAUCUCAGAGAAGAAACCAAAUAUACCAGCACUCUUUCCGACCUGCGUACCAUGGGAUGGAAGGGCAUUUCCACUUUGCUGGCAGUCAGGAAACACAAGAAGAGUGGAAAGCUCGACAAUGAUCGAGAGUACAUUAUGGAGCGUGUUAUCAACGUAUGUACAACUGAGAUAUCAAUUGUCAACGGACCGAGGCAGAAAAGAGACUUAUACUCCAUUUUAAUAGCUCGUUGCAGGCCUCCCACCACAAUCGAAGAUGCGCAAGGAUCUGACGAAUGGCUUCGUGAAGCAGCUUUGGGACUCUCUCCUCCACCCUCCACCAACGUAUGUCACCUACACCUGAGAGAAGUUAGAAUUUCAUGGUCCAUGGGUUACAACUAAUCCUAUAUAGCAUGCUGGGCGAUGAUUACAAGUACAGGAGCGCGGACGGAUCCUACAACAACCCAAUGCUUCCAAUGCUGGGAGCAGCAAAUACUCCUUAUGCUCGCUCCAUAAUUCCAGAGUCAAUCCAACUAGGAUCCCUUCCCGACCCAGGACUCAUUUUCGAUAGCAUAUAUGCGCGUGAGAAAUUCAAGCCUCACCCUAACGGAGUUUCUAGCGUCUUCUUCAACUGGGCGUCUCUGAUCAUCCAUGAUUUAUUCCAAACUGACUAUCAAAACCCUCACAUUUCGGAAACUUCUUCGUACCUCGAUCUCUCCAUCUUGUACGGAGACAACCAAGAUGACCAGAACAAGGUGCGAACCUUCAAGGAUGGUAAACUAAAGCCCGAUUGCUACUCUGAAGCACGUCUUCUUGCCUUCCCUCCGGCUUGCAGCGUUAUCCUCAUCAUGUUGAACAGAUUCCACAAUUAUGCUGUUGAGCAGCUUGCCGCUAUUAAUGAAGGUGGUCGAUUUGCCAAACCAAGGAGUGGAAUGAGUCCAGAAGCCACUGAGAAAGCUUGGGCUAAAUAUGACAAUGACCUGUUCCAGACUGGGCGAUUGAUUACUUGUGGAUUGUACAUUAACAUCACACUUUACGACUACGUCCGUACCAUUAUCAACUUGACCCGCAGCAACACUACUUGGAGUUUGGACCCACGAGUUGGCAUGCGUGAGGGUGCUGUUCCUGAGGCUGCUGCUAGCGGAAUUGGUAACCAGGUCUCCAUGGAAUUCAAUCUGGCUUACCGCUGGCAUUCUUGCAUUGGUGCUGCAGAUGAGGACUUCACCAACAACACGUAUCAGCAGAUGUUCGGAAAGAGGGGUGAAGACCUCUCUAUUCCAGAGCUUGUCGGAGGACUGGGUAAAUGGCAGGCUAGCAUUCCUGACGACCCAGCUGAGAGAACCUUUGCCGGCCUCAAACGAAAGGCUGAUGGCACCUUUGAUGAUGGUGAGCUCAUGAACAUAAUGACUGAAGCUAUCGAAGAAGUUGCGGGAUCUUUCGGCCCCAAAAAUGUUCCAAAGGCACUUCGGGGCGUUGAGAUCCUCGGCAUACAAAUGGCCCGUAAAUGGGGUUGCGCCUCUCUCAACGAGUUCCGCAAAUUUUUCGGGUUGAAAGAGUAUCAGACUUUCGAGGAGAUCAACUCUGACCCGGAAAUCUCUGGAGCUCUUCGCAACCUCUACGAGCACCCCGACCACGUUGAAUUGUACCCGGGUAUUGUUGCCGAGGAGCCAAAGAUUCCAAUGGUUCCUGGAGCUGGUAUCUGCCCAACGUACACUAUUUCUCGUGCCAUCUUGUCCGAUGCUGUGGUGUUAGUCCGUGGAGAUCGUUUCUACACUGUUGAUUACCAUGCGAAAAAUUUGACCAACUGGGGUUACUCUGAGACUCACUAUGACCUCAGUGUCAACCAGGGCUGCAUGUUCUACAAGCUCAUGCUCAGGGCAUUCCCCAACCAUGUCAAGGGCGAUUCAAUCUAUGCUCAUUUCCCAAUGACUAUCCCAAGCGAGAUGAAGAAGAUCAUGACUGAUCUCGGUCGACAUGACAAUUUCUCCUGGGAUCGACCGGCCUUUAUUCCUCCCCGUGUCAACAUCACCUCCUACAUGGGAGCAAAGACCAUAUUGGAAAACUCCAAGGACUUCCGUGUCACCUGGGGAGAGGCUACUGGUUUCCUCUUUGGUAAGGGAGGACUGGACUUCAUGCUUUCUGGAGACAGUACAUUCCAUGGUCAGCAGCGUAAGACCAUGGGCAAGGCGCUGUACCACAGCGAUUGGAAGAAGCAUAUCAAGGAGUUUUACGAGGAUAUCACCAUCAGGCUUCUCAGGGAGAAGACUUGCAAGAUCGCAGGCAUCAACCAGGUUGAUAUCACCAGAGACGUUGGAAACCUUGCACACGUACACUUUGCUUCUAACAUUUUCGGCCUGCCGUUGAAGACUGCGGAGAACCCCAAGGGUAUCUACACCGAGCAUGAAAUGUUCAUGAUCAUGUGUUUGAUCUUCACCACUAUCUUCUUCGACCUGGACCCUGCCAAAUCUUUCCCGCUCAGACAGGCUGCCAGAACUGUUGCUCAGCAACUCGGCCAGAUUAUGGAGGCCCGUGUCAAGGCCGUCAAGGGUGGCAUUCUCUCCCUGUUCAGCCGCAUGGGUGAGAACAAGAAUGCCCUGGCAGAGUACGGUGCCCAUAUGAUCCGCCGCCUUCUUGAUUCGGGGCUCAGUGUUGAGCAAGUUACCUGGUCUCAGGUUAUGCCAACCGCAGGAGCUAUGAUUCCAAACCAGGCUCAAGUAUUCACUCAAAUUAUUGACUACUAUCUCUCCGAGGAGGGCAAGGUCCACCUGCCAGAUAUCAGACGCUGGGCCAAGGAGAGAACCGACGAGGCCGAUGAGAAGCUGCUCCACUACUGCAUGGAGGGUAUCCGCUUGAACGGUACCUUCGGAUCCUACCGCGAGUCUACUGCUGCUCUCGACAUUGAUGAUGAUGGCCGCAAUGUAUCCGUCAAACCUGGUGACAAGGUCUUCGUCAGCUUCGUCGGUGCUGCCCGUGAUCCCAACAUCUUCCCCUCGCCACAUGAAGUCCGCCUUGACCGUCCGUUGGAUUCAUACAUCCACUACGGUGAGGGCCCGCACGCCUGUCUGGGCAAGGAUGCAAACAUGAUCGCACUUACGUCCAUGCUGCGUGUCGUCGGUGGCCUAGACAACCUCCGCCGAGCCCCAGGACCCCAGGGUGAAUUGAAGAAGAUCCCGCGCCCAGGUGGGUUCUAUAUCUACAUGCGCGAGGACCAGAGCGGCUACUUUGUCUUCCCAAUGACCUUCAAAGUCCACUAUGACGGAGAAUUGCCAGCUCAAAAAGCCCACUAGAUAUGGCCUAUGACUGUCAGUUACAAAUAGACUGAUAACAAAUUCGGGCAACCGAGAUAACUAUAUUGGCUUGUCCGUUUGCAUAUCCCUGUAUACCCACACGCGUGUUUGAACGCCGACGAUUGUUUCUUUUGCCUCCCCUGUAUUUGAUACCCGCUGUAUCGUUUCCACAAUGUCUCGUAGCCAGUCCUAAUUAGUUAAUUAAUCCAUCGUCAUGUACGCAUUUUACCUAUAUUCAUCUUCCUCAUCACUUGAUCGUGGAUUUCCUUGUUUGCCACAGAAGAAGCCCAAGAGGUUAGCAUGAUCAUCCAGCGCCCCCAGUCUGGCUGCUGUUUCAUGACUAAAGCACGCUGCACUGCCA